AUGUCCAAGCCCCCGUCCAUGCUGCUGCGUCCGCCCAGCGGCGCGUCCUCCGGCGUCCUCUACGAGCCCGAUGCUCCCCAACUGCAGGUGAACACCCGACUCAGUGGCAGCUCGGGGUUAAGAGCACCGUCUCUACACAGUUUAAGAGCAAGUAGCUCUCCGGGCAUUAAGAGGCCUUCGACUAUACAGCAGACCAAGAUCGUGCCCCCAAGCACCAGCGUGAAGCUCAUCACGCCUCAGAUGCAGUUCGCCACAGACCUGAAGAUCGAGCAUAAGUUUGCCCAGUGCCGACUGCCCAGUGUCUCCGGUAGCAGCCAGAAGCACGCAGCGCGGCUGUUGUUUGCGGCGAACAACGUCGCGGACUCCGGGUUGCUCUACCGCGAGAACGAGCUCUUCUCUGCCCACGAGCGAGCGCUUGAAGCAGCGUGGCCGCAAGCACUGGUUCGCGUGCCGUACAAAUUAUCAAGCUACAGCGACCAGCUGGAUGAAGGCGGCAGUACAGCGUCGUUUGUGUUCCCGCAUAGACAACGACCAGCUUCUGCGAGUGGGAACAAGAAGGGAUCAGACCGCAGCAUGGUUGAAACCGACAAGUAUUCCAGCUUUGAUGAAGCUGCACAGGAUUUCCAGCGCUUCGUCCUGAGUUUACCCAGCUCGCCCUCGUUUUCAUCGCAGCCGAUGCCGAUCGCGACAACCCCGGGGUCAAAACCUCUGCCACCGCCGCAUGCGCUGUCCUUGCGCGAAUGGCUGAGCAACGCCUCCCGCGUAUUUGAAGGCGUUCGGAAAGCUAGCUGUUUUACGGCUGCCUUACGUGACCAUCACUGA